UCAAGAAGAUAUUGCUUGUCCUUGUUGUAUCCACCGCCGAACGGAGUGGCGACCGUCCCCAGGGCCUGGUCCACCGCCUGGAAAACAUACCAGUCGGCAGCCCAUGGCCCGAUAUCCUGGCAUAAAGCUGCGCCGAUAGUCGAAAUAUCUUUCAUGUUGUCGUGCGCGAAGUCCGGCGUCCCUCGCGUCAUCCGACCCAGUUUUCCGCGCAGAGAAAUGACAUAGGGAUCAUUCUCAAUGUCCAUCGCGUCGUAAACCGUAUCAAACGCGGCCAGAUUUG